GAAGCCGGUGCAGGGACUAUUUAUAUAAUAUCAGAAAUAGAGUAAUACGAGUUACAUAUACUACUACAUACAGGAUAUAUGUAGUAAUAUAUGUACUGUAUAUUAGUACAUAUACUACUACAAACAGUAUAUAUGUAGUAAUAUAUGUACUGUAUAUUAGUACAUAUAUUACUACAUACAGUUUAUAUAUAGCGGCCUAGUGGUUGGUCGAGGUGACGGAUGGAAAAGUUCCGGAAACUGUUUGACCUGAACUUGUGAUUGGUCACAAUUGCAGAAUAAACGUUUCUCUCCCUCGUCCAAUCAGAACGCAGAUGUCUGAUGACAGAACAAAAGAGGCGGAAAAAGAAGAGGAAGUCACCUGUACGCCCCUCCCCCCUCCUCCGUCCUCCGUCGCCAUGGAGACGAUGAUGUCGCUGAGGAGGCGGGACCUGGUGUGCAUUGUGUGUUUUGGUAGCUAUGACCUAGCAACACGGUUGCCACGGCGCCUGCACUGUGGCCACGCCUUCUGCCAGGCAUGUCUGAAGAGACUGGACACCGUGAUCAACGAACAGGUUUGGAUCCCGUGUCCUCAGUGUCGACAGAACACGCCCCGGCCCAGAGGAGGCGCGGCCGGUCUGGACUUGGACUUGGCCUCCUUCCUGGGGGUGAAGGCCCAGACGACCUGCACCUCCUCCUGCUCCUCGUCCUCCUGGAGCUCCGGCCUCAGGGAGGGGGCGGCAGCUGGGGAGGCGGCCCGGGACGGGAAGCUCUGGCUGGGGAAGGAGGCGACUGACGACGGUUGGUCACACGGAGGUCUGGCGGAGCCGCGUUUCCAUCGCUAUGGCAACUGCUGCCCGCCGCUGUCCUAUUGGCUGUGCUGCUGGUGUUGCUGUCAGGGGCGGGGCUGACAGACGGGAGGGCUUAGAGGGACCAAUUAGAAUGAUGCUUUAGUUCCUCCACGUUGUUUUUUUCUGAUGGAUGUAAAUACUUUAUUUAAACAUACUAAACCCACAACAGAAAUAAUGAGAUUCAGAAACAUAUUUAUCAUCAUAUAUAAUAUAUAUUAUCAUUAUUAUAUCUGUACCAAUAACACUGUAAAAUAAAGUGUUAUCAGUGAAUAUAAAGAUCAGAAGUAAAUGUGAGUAAAAAACAUAAGAAAAUUCAUAACAGAGUCAUAAAGAAUGUUUUUUAUUCCUAAUCACAUAUUUGUCAAAAAGGAAAAAAAGGAACAAUUCAUAUUAAUGUUUCUUUUCAUAAACAUGUAGUUGAC